CGAGCGCACGGCGCCGCGUGCAGGUAGUCUCGUGUUCGUCCUCCACGUUUCUCGACGCGAUCGAACCUUUCCGCCCGAUUCAACACGAUUCCUCGGUCUUUAACGUCAACCCUCGCGAUAUCCAAAUGUAUAUUCCAUAUUCCAUAUAUAUUCCAUAUACUCCAUAUACUGAAAACAUCGAAUAGAAGAGUGUUGAAGCGUCGAACGGUGGUAUUGUGCUUUCUUCGUAUCGCGGGCUGUUUCGGCUACUUUCUUCAAUGAAGUAUAAAGACGAAGUUUCAACGCGUGAAAGACUGGCGAAUCUAAGAAUCUAAAAAUCCAUUGCAUGGAAGAGCGUUGUUGCGUGGAAUGUUGAUACCAUGCGUUCAUCCUAUCGCGAGGUUGCUUCGGAUACUCCUCGAUGAAGGAUAAAAACGAAGUUUCAAAGUGCAAAAGACUAUUGAAUUUAAAGAAACGUCUUCGGAGAAGUUGAUGUUAUUGUAUGGAUCUUUGUAAUGGCAGAGUGGAUGUUUUGUGGAAGUUGGCGAAGAAACAAGUUACCGUUGAUCGUGGUUUCAUAGUGUUUACGUGAGCUGGGUCGGCUGCAUUUUAACGGAGGCAGCGAUUUUUCUGUGGUUUGACGAAGGAAACGCUGGAGGUCUCUUGAAUAAGUAGCUUGAUCGCUGCCAAGUGCGUCUUAGAUUGUUUAGAGCGAGGCUGAUGCGUCGCAGCUAAGAGACAGUAGGAUUGAAACGUUAACCGUGAAACUGGCUUUUUAAAAUCUCUUCUGGACUUUGUACGUCAAUUUAUGAAUCUUUUAUAAAGAUUGUAAAGCGAAAUUGACGCGGACGAAGCGUUCAAUGAAUAAUCUACCACUUUUCUAAUUUCUAUUAAAGAGAAUUUGUAUCUGAAAAAAGAUGUAGAUUGCCCUUUGUGUUUAAAGAAGAUCGACAGACAAAUAUCUAAUACGUUAAUAAUUAUUCUCAAGAAUUUGUGAAUCUGAGAUUAUUAAUCGAUUUAUAGACAUUUACUAUCGUUCCUAAGUUUCAUCAAGGGGCAUUUACAUUUGAAGAGAACAUAAACAGUUGGAUACUUAAUACAGGUUUUUCUUAUGAAUCUAUGAAUUCUCGAGUGUCGAUCGAGACGUGCCAGCGAGAAUUUUAAAGAAACCAUGUCGGGGAAGGAACGGAGCACGUGGCACGCUGAAGUGGAACGAACGAAUCGGGGGAGAGACGCAACGAGUCGUUAACGCCCGGAAGAGAGGUUUCCUACCGAGUCAGGUAGAAUAUUCUAAAACGCUUCCUCGUUAUUACGAAUACAAUACUCGAUGAUUUUCUGUAUUCAAUUAGAAAAAAAUGCAAAAUUAUUAAACAUCGUAUUAUCGUGAGCGGAGAAACAGUUUUAUCAGAGAGAAUCUACCACGCUCCCUCGAAGAAUAUUUAUCUUGGAAGAAAAGUUCCCAAGCUAAAGGGGAAAGAAGCUAUGCGGGAUUUAUUCAGAGUGUGAAAGACCACUAAGCUUCGUAGAUCGAAGCGGUGACUUCACUUGCCAAACGAGUUUAUGUUUUUAAUCGAGUCUACGACUCGUCUGGCAACGGGUUCUCCCUCGGUACAUCCGGCAUGCAAUUGCUGGAUACGAAUCCUCCUUGGGUAUUCGCGGAGGAUCAUCUACCGGGCUCCCUUUCACGACGUGGCCACCUAUUUCCCGUCUGUAAACGCGUUUCUUUCUUGCCUUUCCUUCCGUAAAAAAGCACCAGCCUCGUGCCAUUCAGCGACUACGGAUGUUCUCGUCAAUAUCGUAUCCGAUAAUUGAAAUAUCGCUUGAUACAUUGGCCCACACGUAGCAGAAGGUUAAAUCGUUCCAAAUUUUGCAGCAAGAACAUUGAUUUAUAGGAUGAUACUAAAUUGAGAGCUACUAACGAGAAGUAGCGUCGAGAAUAGCCGAGAAGUGGAAGUUUUGAUUAAGUUUUCCCGAAAUUAUUCUUAAUUUAUGGAACGAUGCUAAAGUAAGAAAUAUCAGGGAAAGUAAAAUAGUACUCGAAAUAUCUGAAAAAGGUAGAGAAUUAAUAAUUGAAUUACUCGAAACGUCGCAGUAAGUCAUUUUUAAUUGAGAGACGCUGAAGAAGCUAAAAUAAUAUUAAAAGUAUCUGAAGAAUAAAAAAUAUAAUUAAGUUGUAACAAAUCGAUUUUAAUUUAAAUAUAUCAAUUUAUAAAAUAGGAAAUACUAAAAAGAUUAAGAUAGUUCCCACCAUAAGUGGAAAUCUUGAUGAAAUUGAGCGAAAAAUUGCAGUAAGUCGAUACUAAACUAAAGAUUACUAAAGAAGAUUACUAAAGUGAUAUGAAGAAUAUUUAAAAAGUGUGAGUUUUAAUGAAACUUGGAUUUUAUUUUCAACAUGAAACUUUUAUAUAUAUCUUGUGUUGCUGUAAACUAUAAUAACAUUAGAAGAGAGGUAGAAAGUCAAUAGGAAGAAUUACAAGGUGUUAUUGGAAUCGAGAGGAAAAAAGGGAUCGACGAGGGACACAAAAGGAAGAGAAGGUCCUGCGUGGCAAGUGCAACGAGCGGAUUAAGCGGACUAACGAAUCGCGCGUGUAGACACUGCAAACAGAACUAUCUCUCCGCGAGAGGAUCAGAGAGAGGAACUCGGCAGAGUGAGAAUUUGUAUUUGCUCGUGACCAGUCGUAGAGGCAUGACACUCGGCCCGAACGUCGCUCUUAUCUCGAUUUUCAAACGCAAUUUCGCGCUGGGUGUGUUUCCACCGUUACGUGAUUCCGUGUGCUUUGCGAACUCUAGAAGAAUUUCGUUGACUGUGCGUUGAGUUUCAGCAAAAAUUUUUACCAGAGACAAUCGUAUAGGUUUUGUUGGCAGAAAAACAACUUUUUUAAUUUCGAUAUACCUUGAAGAUUCAUUAUUUACACGACACAUACGAUAAUUAGAGAGAAUUAUUUUCUGAAUUUUAUUCUUAGAAAUGAUUUUUGUCAGAAUUACUGUGAGAAAUGUUGCUUAUUCUGAACGUUGUAGAAGAAGAUAAUAAUUGAAAAGCAAUUUAAAAAACUGUAUGAAUGGAAUAAAAAUGAGAAGUGACUAAAUGAGAAAAACAAAUUACUAUUAAAUGUUUGAACGAAUAGCAAUUUAAAGAACGUAUAAUAUAUUCGACUAAAGAAUGCGUGAACAUUCUAAAGAAGUGACUAAAGAAAAUAGACUUAGUAAAUUUUUAAAAGGGUGAUUUUAAAAUGAAACGACGAAGAUCACGUUUCGUUUUGCGGACUGAUCAUCGCAGAAGAAAGUAUAAUUAAUCUCAAAGGAUUUCUGGAAGAAUAUCGAAACGAGGGUGCUCUUUGAGCAUCGUUUAGUAAAAGAUGAGACGAGUAGACUCGAAACGAUUUUGAGAGGUGACGUUUUAAGAUGAAACGGAGACACUUGUAGUCAGUUUCUGCGGUCGAGAGAUAUUGCGGAAGAAAAUGUUGAAGUGGAUAAAAGUUCGCCAGGACGCGUCGGCGACGCCGACGUCGCUCGAUCACGAAAAGAAAGACGAGGUGGUGGCAAAGGUCGAAGUUGAAGAAGUGGCGAAAGAAGAGGAGGAAGACAGUGGAAUGGAAAGGGAGGAUACGCCAUCCAACAUCGAGUUGAACGAUCUACGAAAAGACCUUUUCUCGCAGCUGCAGUUUUCGCAAGAGAGCGCGCUGCCGCCCGACACGCUGCGCCGCGCUCUGGCCGAGAGCUUUCUCGACCAGCAAAGGUUCCAGCUCGGAUUCAUGGACGACGCUGCGGAAUGUUUCGAAAACAUUCUUCUGCGUAUACAUCUUCACAUAGCCAGCGGAGAGGCGGAAGACAUGUGCAGCGCGAGACACUGCGUGCCACAUCAGAAGUUCGCCAUGACGUUGGUCGAGCAAAGCGUUUGCGGAGCUUGCGGCGCAACCUCGGAGCCUCUGCCUUUUACACAGAUGGUUCAUUACGUGUCAGCGUCGGCACUGACGUCGCAAGCUCGACAGACACCUCCGAAUUCGCGAAACAGUCCGGAUCUCUUCGGUCAGCUCUUGCGAAAAGCCGGAGGCAUGGGCGACAUCAGGGACUGUCCGAGCUCCUGUGGUGCGAAAAUCCAAAUCUGUCGGACCCUGAUGAACCGACCGGAAAUCGUUUCCGUCGGAGUUGUAUGGGAUAGCGAACGGCCGUCGUUGGAGCAUAUCAUGGACGUUUUCGCAACCGUGGGAACGUCCCUCAGAUUGAGCGAUGUUUUCCACAGUGUAGUGGACUCUCGAUGGGGUGCCUCGACCGUGCACAAUCUCGUUGGAGUCGUCACAUAUUACGGGAAACACUACUCCACCUUCUUUUUUCACACUAAACUGAAGGUAUGGAUUUACUUUGACGACGCAACCGUCAAAGAAAUUGGACCACGGUGGGAACAGGUGGUAGAAAAGUGCAGAAGAGGCAGAUAUCAGCCGCUGCUUUUGCUGUACGCAACUCCUGGAGGAACUCCGGUGAAUACAGAGAAUGCCCCGAAAACCGUGACGCCUUUUCCGAACGGAAAUGGACUGAAGACACCCCCGAAGAAUAAUGUUCGACGAUCGAUCACGCCCAGCCCGGAAAAACCAUCGAUCAACAGUACCGCCAGACGUGCCAUCACACCAAAUCCUGAUAGUCCUCCUCACCCUUACACGCAACGCAGGAUUUAUAGUGAUUAUCAGAAUCUGACAGACAUUCAGAACAACAUCUUUGGAAAUCAGGGUGUUGAUACCGUCGAUGGAGAGGCGGAAUCCAAGUAUAUCAGUCGACGUGCCGUGGAAAACGUGAUGCAACAGCAGAAGAAACAGCAAAUGCAGCUGACACGUAGUCUAAGCGCAGGAUCGACACCACAGGAUGCUAUCAGUAUUCCUGACCACUUGAACGUACCACGGAGGCGAGAUUCUGGAAACUGGUCUGGUGACCGGAACAGCGCUUCCUCGAGUUCCUCCACCACGAUGGAUAAUCCGUAUUUGUACAUCGUCAAUAAAAUGCAGAGGAACUCGGGUGUGCCAAAAAGCCCGACCAGCAAAUCUGGAGAACUCUCAAGUAGUAGCAGUGGCCAUUACGAUGCUGGAUACGACUCGUAUUCUUUGUCGUCCACGGAUAGCCUUCCGCUCCAACAAGGGCUAAAGCAUAACCUGCAGCUUGCCCAGAUUCCGGAAGGCUACCAAGCUUCUUCAGGCGACGACUGCGAGCGCCUCUGCAAAGAAACCGACGCACUCUUGGACAAAUCUCGAGCUGCUGAGGACGCGGGCGACCUCAGCACCGCGGUCGCUUUGUGCAGUGCAGCCAGCAGCAAAGCUAGAGCCGCCAUGGAUGCACCGUACAACAAUCCUCACACUAUCAGAACAGCAAGGAUGAAGCACAAUACUUGCGUGAUGAGGACCAGGAGUCUCCACAGAAGAAUGUUGCAGGAGCAGGCAACAGCGAAUGGAGAAAAGGAAGAAGGAGCACCAGAAGGUAGACAUUCACGAGAGAACAGCAAAUCUGGCCAACACUCUCGACAGAGUUCCAGGGACAAAGGAAAUCAUUCUCGACAAAACAGCCGAGAACUCCUAGUAAAUCCUCCCUCUACAACUACCGACAAACCUGCCACAAAGAGCAUCGAGAUCUACGCCACGUUACCAAAAAAGAAGACCUUACGCAGCAAGGCAACAGCCGUGAAUGUGAUCGAGGAUGAGGAGUACAUGUUGUACGAUCGACCAAUGCAAAGGACAGGAUUAUUCAGUCGUACCAAACGUUGUGACGAUGAUAAGAAAGACAAGAAGCGAGCUCGAAGUGAAGAAAGAAACAAGAACGUCUCUAAAGACUUCUCCAUUGCUCCCUCCCGUUCUUCUCCCUCGCCGAAAGGAGCUAAAGUGGAAAAAUCUAAAGAAAAUGACAUGAUUGCCAAUAAUGUACGAAAUUCUCAACCGAAUAACGCCAAUGGUGAACAAAAACAAGGCAAAAAGCAACACAAAAUUAGAAGAAAAUUAUUGAUGGGUGGGUUGAUCAAGAGGAAGAAUAGGAGCAUGCCAGAUUUACGAGAAGGCCAGGAUGGACAAGCAAAUGCCAGCGUGGAGGGUACCUCCAACACUUUACCGAAGCAGUCAGUGGACGAUUCAAGCGUUGGUUUAAAGGGCAACGAGGUGUGCCAAUCUCUAAGCGGCUAUUUAUCAGAAGGACACCUAGAGUUUACUGGAAAUAGUAAUGGUAGCCCAGGCAGUACUAGUAAUCCAAAUUUGGAGAGAAGUCGUCUAAUGAGGAAGAGCUUCCACGGCAGCGCCGGCAAAGUGUUACACGUAGCGAAGGUUCCUCCGCCUCCUCCGCUCAGGACCACUUCUCAACUUAGCAAGUCUAAGUGUUCGGGCGAAGUGCACAACGAGCAGCAAUCUGAAAAAUCGGUCUAUCCAACAUCAGAAAGUCAAUGUACUUCUAAUCCACCUCAAGAUCAGAAUGGAACAUAUUGGAAUCAUGUAAACGCGACAAAUUCAGCUGGUGGAGCUAAUAGAACAUCUAAUUACACCGAUUACUCGUCCGAGUCUCAUUCUCUUCCAUUCUUACCCUCUUAUAGUAUAGAACAAAAUAGCGCGAAUGUACCAACGUCCUGCCCGUCGAAUUAUAACAGCAAACCUAGAAUUCAGGAUGACGUGGUACAGUAUGCUAAUGGAAUCUUGUAUGAACCCACGUUUGUGGUUACCAGAGCGGAUGUGCACAAUGAACAGAGUCCUGUAAAACAGCAAAAUCAAGUGGAUUCUCUGCCUCCAUAUCCUGAAAGUGGAAAUGUUUCUCAUUCGAGACAACCCAGCGAAGACUUUCCCCCUCCGCCAUAUCCUUCUAUUCAUUCUGUAUCUCAUUCGAGACAAGCUAGCGAGGACUUUCCACCACCGCCACCUCCUAUUGAUGAAAGCUCUAAUCAUGUUCAUGAUCAACAACAGUAUCAGGAACAGUAUCAACAUCAGUAUCAGCAACAACAAUAUCAGCAGUAUCAACAACACCAGCACCAGCAGCAGCAACAGAUCGUACAUAUGCAGCAGCGUCAACAGCAGCUGGAUAAUCAGCACAUUAGUAGCUUAUUGUCCCAGUUGCAGAUGAAAAGGGAUCAAAUUUUAGCCUGUGAAGCUUCAAGAGAGGAAAAGAGAUCCGAAGAACAGGAGGAAGAAGAGAAAUCGUCUGGAGAGACUUGGUUACGUGAAUUGCAGGCAAAACAGGCAGAGAGGAGGAUGAAGAAGCAGGGUCCUCUUGAACAAGAUAUUCCAAAAGUUAGGUCGUCUGCUCCAACAAUUUCAGGACCAACGAUCGCCAGGAGAACGAGCGAUUUGAUGAUGAAUAGUUUUGGCCAAAGUUACGAUCAGUCCAGUCGGGAUGUGCCCGAUUGUCCAAGGGUCGUUUCUUCUGUUAAAGACAUGGCUGCUAGAUUCGAGCAAAUUAAGUUGCAACCAGUGCCUAAAACAGAACCAGACCAGAAAAUUCUAACGAAGCAAAAUGUGAACUGUGUUUCUCCUUCUCCACUAUUAGAUGCUCCUCAGGAUGUACAAGUGGAAGAAUCGAGGCCAAUGAAGUUAUCUACAGAAAAUCUGGCGAACUUUACUAAAACUGACAAUUCCUCGAGUCAGUCGAUCAUGAAUUCGAGCUUCGAAUCUAGUUCCAGUCAGAACAGUUUUAUUUCCACUACAGCCCCGAAUAAUCCCAUGCAAAUACAGCAGAGCGGAUUAAAUCAAGCAAUCAUGUCGAUGUCUCUUACGCUGCCACACGAAAACGGCUUGCCUAUUGAUUAUCCAGAGGAUGAUAUCAGCGAAGUUGCUAUGCAGAAUACCAUACAGAAUACGACGAUUCUACCAAGUGAGGACGAUAUCGCGCCGAGGAAAGUGAAACGACGAAUAGGAAAAAAGAAGAGCGUAUCGUUCUGUGACCAAGUCGUUCUCGUUGCAACUGCAGAGGACGACGAGAAAGAUUCUUAUAUACCUAAUCCGAUUCUGGAAAGAGUUCUUCGAUCAGCGAUGAACAAGCCAGAAACUGCUCAAGUCCUUCGAGAGAUUAGAAGUCUUCAGGAAGCGGAGAUGAAUAGAGAGAAUUGCACUGCCACCAAAUUCCAACAGCAGACGCUGCCAUUGAAAAGCGAAGCGGACAGUGUUCCUGCAACUCCGUAUCAAGAUCAGUUGAGAAGCGUGAACCCUAUACCUAUACCAGACACGAUUAAACCUACUUUUGGAAGGCAAAAUUCAAACGAGUCGGUGGGAUCAUUGUCAGACAAGAAAUUAUGUAGUUCUUAUGGUAAUGAAGGGCAGGAUGUUGUCAGGGAUACCUACUCAGGACUUCCCAAUGUAUCCAAACCACCUACAUCGUAUUCUCCGCAACUCCAGCAACAGAUAAGAUACUCUCAGAAUGGAUACAUGCCAUAUUUGCAAUCUCAGUCAACGUAUCCCCAAGCACAGACGUCUCAUCCAAGAAACCAAGGCAUUCCUCUGUCUCAAACCCAGAAACCAGCCAGUCCUUACCCCACUCAAAUUCAGUAUGUACAGAACAACGUGCAGCAACAGAAAGGAAUGUCCCAAAAGAGCAGCUAUCAGACUUAUUACCAGUUAGAACAACAACAUAAUCAGAUGAACAAGCAGAUGUCUCAGCAACAGCAACCUAACAUAAACCAGAGAAUUACGAAUCACAAUGCAAGUCCCAUAACUGUUCAACAUUCGCAGCAGCAAUUUGUAUAUCCACCAACUCAAUCUCCAAGCCCUUAUCAGAACCAAUACAGCCACAGUUCCUAUCAAGGCUAUCCCUACCAAUCUGUUCCUCAGCAGAAUAGAAUAAACCAACCUCUUCCACAGUAUCAACCACCACCCAAUCCUCCAACUUCCUAUCAACAACAACAGAGCAUGCAGAAUUAUCAACAAAGACACGAUAAUUAUCAGAGGGCACCGCAGAAGGCCGAUCAACAAAAUAUUUUGGCACCAAAUCAAACGUAUCCUAAUGCAUUGCAAAAUGGCCAGAUUCAGUCGAAUAUGAAGUAUCCUACGUACCAGCAUCCCCCUGUGUCUAAACAGAGCAAACAAAUGCAUUUUGUGCCUACGUCAAAGGGUAACCCAACAGUGACACAAUCUACGUCUCCGUUACAAAAGCCUACGGUUGGUGGCACUGCAAGAACCGCACCGUGUCAUCUCUGCCGGAAGAAACAGGUGUCUGAACCUGCUAUUUACUGUUCAGACUGCGACUUUUACAUGUCUCGUUUCCGGCCAAAAAAUUGAGGUCUCUAUCAUACAUGUUGAUAGACAACAUAUUAAUGAAUCGAAGAGUCGAUUUGGUAGCAUGUUCUUUCUAGGAGAUGUAUAGACGAACUACAAUUAACGCGUAGGAUAGCACUGUCUAAGCUAAACUUCUUUUUUGGUAUGUUAAUGAUAUAAUAGGGGUGAAACGCGCCCUUCCAUUUUUGUACAAAGUUAAGUUAGUCGUAGAUUUGAUGUAAUGGAAGACCUUCAUCGUGCAGCUACUAACUAGAUGUAUUCAUGUACCACUGACCGUGUACUUAGCGACGUUUGUAAUUUAUAGUGAAUCAUAUAUGUAGAAGGAGACAUGGUCUCAUAUAUGUAUCAGUCGUGUUCUUAUGUAACAUCAUUUCGUGGUUUGUACGUUAGGCUAACGUAGCAGAUAUGUUUCUCAAAUCUUGUAUCAUUUGUAUUCCUCGUGAUUCUGUUGUACAUAGAUUAUUUCUAUGUAGUCUUUAAGUUUCUUGUAAAAAAUGUCGAUGUAACUCUCUUAGGGUUAGCUUUACGAGGAAGCGUUUCUGUUUUUCACGCAUACGCAUGUAUGAAAACGCUGCGAUUGUAUUUUCGUUCGGGAGACAGUUUGUCAGAAUUGUGAUACUAGCCAUGCUACAUAGAGUCUUAUCGUUAAACAUUUAGGAACCGUAUCACGACGAAACGAUACGGAUAGUCGCACAAAAUCGUGAGAAAUAGAGGAAGCGUGGAGGGAACAUGAUCUCUGAUGAAAGCGUGAAGUUUAUAUUUUAUGUUGAUAGGUGUUGAUGUUAUAUAUAAUUAUUGUGUACUUAACGGUUACGUUGUAUUGUAACGGUUGUCUAUGUGUACUAGAUCGAUGUACAAAUCCACACACCCCCUUCCCUCGAUUUUAUACGUUUUGUAUAAGUAUUUUGUUUUAAAAAUACUUGAUUUCCUCCCGAAUGACAUUGAAUAAAGCGCUGUCGAAAUAUUUCAA